CUGUUAUAUUAUUAACAGUAUGAAUGCAAAUCGUGGUGGGAAAAGAGAUUCCCAGGGAGUGGUAGUCUAGGACUUGUUUGUUAUCCCAUUGCACCCCCACCAUCACCACCACCAGCAGCAGCUCCAGCAGCUCCACACACACACACACGCACGCACGCACACACACACGUACACACAUUUUCCUCCACUGGUAAAGUGCAAAGCAAACAAUGUAGUCAUAGAGCGAAAUUAGGCCAAUUAGUCUGUACAAUCCCAUAAAAGACGGUCGGAAAUGCAGCGGGAGUCCAUAGUGUAGCCCACAGGACUAAUUAUUGGAUUAGUUUACCUUUUACAUGGCCAGAAAAAGGUACUGUUGUGCUGUAAAAGUCAAAAGUCAAGGGUAUAGAAAUGGAUAAAAAAAAAAAGCACUAAGUGUCAAAAGAAUAACACACAAUGGAAUCUUGUAGUAAAUGCACAAAUUGACAUGCAUGCUGAAAAAACAUUGUGACUAAGCGUUCAUUUACUAUGUCAUUUGACUUUUUACUGGACCUUAACUGAUCCAAGUACCAUAAAGCUCAAGUAUCAAAGCUAUAAAAUGGGGGCACAAAACAUUCGAAUCUUCGUUCUUGGAAUCCAUUUAUGUUAGUUGAGCUACAUGGUUGGAUUUAUUGUGCCUUUUUACAGGACCAAAAUAUGAACUGUAAAACUACAAAACGGAAGCAAUAUUGUAGUAAUUGAGUCAAGCUCAAUUAUGACUAAUUAUUAGGUGUAUCGUACCCUUUCUAGAACCCCCAAGGCUUUUCCUAGACCGUAAAAUUCAAGUGGCUAGAAAAAUUGUAUUUUGAGCUAUAAAGCAAUUUAUUAUUUGAACUUAAUGUACCCAUCCACGACUAAAAAAUUUAAAGAUUAUCAACUGUAAAACUUAAGUGUCAAGGGUUCUUAGUAAGAACUUCUUACAUAGUGGUGGGGUGGGGGAGUGUCUCAAGUAUGACAUUGGGGCCCGUAUUAGCCACGCCCCCACUCCCAAAAUCAGGACUCGCGGGGUACAUAAAAACAAUGCAUUAAAGCGCAACAGUAGUUCCAUGGCCACGCACACUCGUAGAUAGACCGGUGCCAUGACAACGCGCAACAAACAUUGUGAGACCCUCGAGAGUAUUUUUAAUGUUCUAAUAUGUAUUUAAAGCCCGUGUGAGUGUGCGUAAUUUAUAGACCAAAUGAAUUGCCAUGAUCCCUAACCCAUAAACGCUAGUAGUUGACAAUUAGGUCAUAAGUGGAAUGAGCUCACAGGGGGGGAUGAUGGCAUCAUGACAUCACUGAUAAAUCAGCUGGUGAGCGCAUACAGUGCUCCAAGUGUUUUUAUGAUAUGUUUUCACUCGCCUAUCCACAAGGGAACGAUAAAAAUGUCUGUACUCUAGAUUUAAAAAUCAAUAUACAGAUUUUUUUUAAAUACACAUAGAUCCGCUUUUAAGAUCAUAAUUACUGUAAAUAUGAGAUACAAUCCCUCUGAUCUUUAAUUCACGUGAUCAAGAGUCGUGUACUAUUUUUAGCUGUUUUCUUUAUUCAAAAGAUUUAAUUCAUUCAUUUGCUUUAGCUCCGCGUUGAUUUAUUCCCUUUUGCAAAAUACUCAUCUGAAAUUCUUUUUCCCCAAUGAAAUGCUUUUAGUCCAUCGCAGCCCUCCCAAAACACCUAAAUUCAUUUGUUUCUUAUUGCUGCCAAAUUCUGUUGGUUGUCUGUUAAAAGGACAAGUCUGCGUUUGAAUUCAGUUUCCGUUCCAUUGUCAAAAUAUUAUCCCUUGUAUGGUUAUGACAAUCAAACAAUAUUUUGCCUAUCAAUUGGGUGGAAGUCCACAAAUGCGCUGUCAUUUAGGAUAGUUUGCUUCAGGAAGCCAAACACUCGUCCACGCGCACGCGUUCACAGUGUCACCGCGCACCUCCCCAGCUAUUCCAGUUCGGGGGGGCCGUGCCAUCAUCGCACCAGUCCGGCUUUCUCGCCUCGCCUCGCUCUCCCCGUCACCCUCCUCCUCCCCGCACCCUCCACUCCGUCAAGCAGCAGGAAGUGCGGCGGCCACCUCCAGAAGCAUGUGAUGACCCACACCAAGCAGAAAGGUUCCCGCUGGGACCACCGCCCUCUGCAGCCACACGGCAGCACCAUGGGCGGGGACCAGGCCGAGCGCGCCCUCCGCUUCGGCCGGACUAAGAAGAUCGGCGAGGUCAUCCGACGGGAGAAAAAUGACAAGGUGAUGAAGAAUAAGAGGGCCAAAGCGCAGGACAAGAAGUGGGACAGGAAAUUGUAUCCUCUGCGAGGGAGGCUCGGAGAGGGCAUGAGGUGUCGUGUCCUCCUCACAAGGUUGGAGGAAAGCAUCAGUAAGAAAGCUGAAGAGCGAUCUCUCAAGUCCAAGAAAGGGAGGCUUGGCGAGGCCAAGUUGGCAUCUAAGGUCAAAUCAAGCGCUCACGUCUCACAACCUCGCAAGCGACGCCUGGCCUCCCUAAAUGCUGAGGCUGUCAACACACUUCUCCUGGAAAGAGCCACUGACCUCCAACCGGCAGCCAAGGUGGCCAAAAAACACCAGGAGGAGCGCAUCAACAGAGGAGGUUCCCCAGAUGAAGGUGCACCUCCAAAAGCCUCUCGAGGAACUGUCUCUAGACUGUCAUCGUCUCACAAAUUUGACCAAAUCCCCAAGAAGGUCAAGACAGCCAGGACCACCAAAGUAGACGGGAAUCGGGCCUUGAGUUUGGAAAUUCUGGAUGUGCCGACACCGCGCCGACUGGCUGGACUCAAUGCGGCCGCUCUACUGAAGUUGACCAGCUCAUCUGCUGCGUCUAAACAGCGAGUCAGAACCGCCUCCACCACAACUACCAUGUCAAACUGCAAGACUCCUUCCCAGAUCCAGACCCUAAAACAGCCCCCCAAAGUGAAACACAAAGAGCGCUCUCAGAAGCUUAAAGAGGUUCCCGUCAAAGCUUCCCCCAUGCACUGUUGCUGCGCAGCCUGCAAGGAGAAAGCCGGGUUUGAGCCCAAAGUGGAGUGGGAGUCUAGCACCCAUGCUCUGCCCAAGCCGGGCUACCAGUCCCGCAGUAUGUUGGGCUACUCCCUCAAGAACGUGAAGGAAGAACAGCUGGAAACUGAGCUAAGCCCCUGCUACUGCUGCCCCCCUGAGGGUUCGAUGGAGUACUGCCACCGGUUGGCUUUCUUCUUGGGCCACCCUGAGUCAGGCGACCGAGGCGCCAUGGGCUCGGGCGGCACGCUCGUCAAACGCGAGUGCCUGGUGACCACGCCGUCCCUGACGCACUCCCACCCGGCACUCGCUCUCAGCCCCCACCCCUGCGUAUGUUACUACGUCCACAUCGCCCCCCACACUGCAACGUCGGGCACGCUCACCCCACGGCCUCUGAACUUUGCGCCACCUGCCUUGUGCUCCAACCGGACGAUGGGUUCCAAGCCGCUGCCGGGUCCCCGCGUCACCCACACCCCUGGCUUGCCUCACCCGACCUGCUGCAACUCUGUGACGUCCCCAUGUUACGACGAUGCCUACGGGAUGAGUGGCUACGCAUGCAGAGCCAUGUCCCCCGUCACCAGCAGGGGGUGCUCUUUUGACGCGGGGUGCACCGGAUGCUCACAUAGCAUCAAAACAGAAACUUACUCCUCUCCUCAAGGUGACCACAACCCCUCCAUUCUGGUGCCGCCAUCUUUGCCUCUCUCCAACUGCCCUUUAUCCAGCGUGCCCACUUCCACCCAGACUGCUAACCCCCACCUGCCACCCCGGGCCCGGCUAAAAGCGUCCGCCAACCGCCCGUCCGGUGCCUCCGACAGAGAUCAAAAUGCCGAGCCGAGAUCCCCGCAACAAAAGCGAAUCGGUCGCAGACGAGCCACCAACGGAUGGUGGCCUGUGGGGGACCCCACAGAGAAGGAGGUCUUCAUUGCGGGGGAGGACGAGAUGGCGCUCAGGCAGUGCUACGAGGGCGUGGAGAGGGACGGUGAGGUGAUCCGCAUCCGAGACACGGUGCUGCUGCGCUCGGGCCCCAGAAAGAAAUCUCUCCCUUACGUGGCCAAGAUAUCCGCCCUGUGGGAGGAUCCCAAAAGCGGGGAGCUGAUGAUGAGUCUUUUCUGGUACUACCGACCGGAGCACACGCAGGGGGGGCGAGACCCCAGCACACACUGUGAGAACGAGAUCUUUGCCUCUCGACAUCAGGACGAGAACAGCGUAGCUUGCAUUGAAGACAGAUGCUACGUCCUCCCGCUAGCCCAGUACUGUAGAUAUUGUGCCUUGAUGAAGCGUCGUUCUGAAGGCGCCCUACCCGGCGACGGUGGCAGUAGCGUGGUGCCCUGCUGCCUGGAUUUUACCCCGCCCUCCCACCGCUGUGUGCCCACAGACGUGGACCCCGAGCUGGUCUACCUCUGCCGACACGUCUACGACUUCCGCUACGGACGCAUACUCAAGAAUCUGCAGUAGGGAGGGAAUUGGUGGCGACAACAUUCACUUGAGCGGCACAUGUCUAGUUAUUAAGUCAACGUUUACGCUACAGCGCCAAUGCUAAUGUUGUUACGCGUGUGAGCCCUUUAGCCAGCUGAAGAGGUUACGGUCAAAUCCUCGUACGUCUCUUUCAGCUCGCUUGUAUUUUCUGCUUCCAUCAAAUCAGAUUUUUCUGCCUCCUCCCCCUUCCACCAUUGCGCCUUUGCCUACCAGGCAUGCUGAACACCAGGCUGAUCUGGGCGACUUUCUCUCAACUGCCCCCCCUUGCCCCCCAAAAGCACCUUAGCAGCAUGUUUGUUCCGUUUGUAAGCCAGUGGCGAAAGUGCCAACACCGAGCCUCCGCUGAAGGAGAUAAUCGACAGUUGGGUGUGUGUAUGCGUGCGGGAGUCGACAAGUGUUGUCACUGUGGAUAAAUGUUGGAAUGUGUGAUGUGUGCGCCUGAUUUUUUUUCCAGCGAGGCUUUCAGGCAAUCAAACCAAACAAAAGCAGCUUUUUACAGAAAGCAAAUCUUUCGGUACCACUCACUUGUUUUUUUUUAUGAAUCAACACAAUCUACAACAUGCUUCAAUGAACAUCUCCUGUAGGUCAUUUUUUUCCUCCCUUUUGACUGCACAUACUCCACUUUAGAAAAAUCUCACGGCACACUACCAAACAGAACGGUCACAAAAAUACUGAAAUAACGAUGAUGUCAUCUCAUUAUAUUUAGAGAUUGACUUUUGUCCGAAUGGCCCACUUUUCUUGGAGCUUUAGUAACUGCUUUGAAAGCCUUGUUAAAAUUGCACUAAAACAUUCCUUAAGAUGUUAUUGGGGUGGGCCACGAAGAGGGACGUCGUAACCGUAAACAUGUCUGCUUUUGUUAAUGUAAACAAAAAUAUUGUGAAGGGGUUGAGUAGUACUGGUUAUGCGUAAUAUAGAAAACCAGCGUUGGAGGGUGCAUGAAUCCAAAUAUUUGGCCCCAAUCAGAGCCUGAUCGUGUUGUAUUGAUCUCGAUGAAGCCUAUUUGAAUUUACUUUCCUAUGAUAGCACAUGCAAUAUAUUUUUAGAUGACUUUUUUUUUUUAUUUCCCUCUCUGGGGUAUUAAAGCAACUUAAUUGUAUUUCAUUUUCAACAUGUUAAAUUCCCCUUCUGAAAAAAAAGCUAAGUGUACAUAUUUAAUCCAAGCACUGUUCGACACAUAGUGUAGUCUUUUUGCAAGAUCUGUAUUAAUUAUAUUUAAGGUAAGGAUAUUUAAAUGGAGUUAAGUGUAGAGGUCAAUUUAACUUAUUCGGGGGCAUGCUAUGUGGAAUUGAUGAUCUGCUUUGAUGAAUGGAAAUUGAUUGAUUGAAACUGAUUAGUUUAUACAGUAAAGAUACCCCUCAGCCGUUUUUUCUUGUCACGUCACACAGAAAUUGGUGUGAGUCAGAACAAAAGCAGACUACAGUCCGCGCCAAUGCUUCUCAUGGACAUAUAUUUUGAUAUAUUUGGAAAAUGUCUUGGGAUUAACAUAACGAUGCUUAGAUAUUUUUGCAGUAGAGACGUGUCUAUCAGAUAUUAUUGUCGCUUUUUGUCGCACCCUGGAAAAUCUCUCGAAUUGAUGUAACAUCCCUACUGAUUUUAAUAUUGCAUUGGAAGACUAUUUAUACAUUUUAAUGAAGUUCUUUGUGAAAUUUC